UCAUCUGUCAGUGUCAUCUGUCAAGUUCAAGUAAUAACAAUAACAUAACCCUCAAUCACAAAGUUAACUUUUAUUUUCCAAGAAUAAUUAAUUAACUGAUAAGUUUGUACAACCAAUCAAGUUUAAUGAUUCACGGAAAGCGCUGAAUUUGCAACGAUGACGAAGCAAUUAAAAGUGUUGGUUUCUUCGAAUGAUUACCCUGAGGCGGGGUUACAGGUUCUACGGGAACAUUUUACAGUUCUCCAGAGUCGGUACAACCACUUUGGAGAGGAAGGCAUCACACAAAACAAGGAGGAACUGCUCCAACUGGCUCCUGGCAUCUCUGCCUUGGUCUGGGUUUCACAUCACCCUAUCACUAAGGAACUGCUAGAUAAAGCUGGUCCUUCUCUCAAAGUGGUGGGAACGGCAUCGGCCGGCUACAACCACUGCAAUGUGGACGAGCUCAAGGCGCGCGGCAUCAAGUUAUCGAACACACCAGACGUGCUCAGUCCAGCCGUCGCUGAGGUCGCUAUUGCGCUUAUGCUGGGCGCUGGCAGGCGCUUUACGGAGAAUUUGGAACAAGUUCACAGUGGACAAUGGGAGAUAGGUUUCCAGAAAGUGUUGGGCCGGGAGAUCCGCGGCAGCACGGUCGGCGUGUUCGGACUCGGAGGCAUCGGGCAGGCCAUCGUGAAGAGACUGUCCGGGUUUGAGGUUGAGAAGUUCCUUUACACGGGACACAGGGAGAAGCCACAAGCGAAGGCACUUGGUGCCCAUUUCGUGUCCAAGGAUGAGCUCCUGGCACAGAGCGACUUCGUGAUCCUCGCUGUGCCCUUAACCAAUGAGACUAAGCUGAUGGUGAACAAGGAACUUCUGGGGAAGAUGAAGAAGAACGCCAUACUCAUCAACGUUGGCAGGGGAGACCUAGUAGACCAAGACGCGCUAUACGACGCGUUAAAAAACAAACAGAUCUACGCAGCCGGACUAGAUGUGACCACCCCAGAACCACUACCUAAGGACCACAAACUUCUGACCCUGCCCAACCUCUUUGUACUUCCCCACAUCGGCAGCGCGACGGUGCGUACCCGUAACGACAUGGCGACCCUGGCGGCGCGCAACGUCGUCAACGCACUUAGCGGGAAACCCCUGCUCACGCCCGUGCUUCCUUGACGUUUUACUGACCUCUUUUUGCAUUUUUUCGAAAACGAUUUUUUGUGCUCUAUACACCGUGUUUUUAUUGAUUUCCGUUAACUUCGGGGUAUCGGUAAAAACGUUAAGGGUAACUAAAUGGCAUAGUUAAUUAAAAAAAAAAAACUUUUUUUUUAAUGAUUUUUAUUUUUAUGAAAAGUAAUUAAAUGUUGCAUAUAGCGUUGUUUUAACACAGGCAUUACAUUUAACUUAACCAAACAAUGGAAAACUGUGACAUAUCAAUGUCACUUCGAAUAUCAAUCGUCCGAGAUAGUAUUUACGUUUAGUAGCAAAUGUAUUAUCUCAUACUAAACACUAAUCAAUAUGUAAAUAGGCCCUAAGGCAAGUGUACACGCUCGUAAGGGCCUUAUAAGAUAAAAAUUAAAUAUUGAUUAUCUCCAUAAUGGAGUUAAUUAGAACACCGGUGUCUUUGAGAAAGUUACUUAAUUUAAGCUCAGGGAUGCACCCUUAAAAUUAGCGGAGAACAAAAAAACGCGGUGUAUAGGUUUUUUCUGUUUUUUUUUUAUAUAUUUGAACCCACGAUUUUUGACCACCACACACAUGAACGGUUAAUCUGUUACUGCUGAUAUCCGCGGAUUUUUUUUCUCAUCUGUUACCAGUGGUAAUUAACUGGGAAAUAUGAUUCUACAUUUUAGGGUAUUAUAGUGAACUAGAGACCCUUUAAAACAUUUGAAACUGGGUCUCGCGAAUUUACUUUAUUACUUUGUCACCUUUAUUUCCGACGUUUCGACACAGGUUUCACUGAUCCAAAACGCGAAAGUUUUAAAUGUUAUAUAACCCUAAAUUAUAGUUUCGCCAUGUCCGUCUGUCUGUCUGUUUUCAUGGCUAUAAUAGCCCUGAGUCGCCUAACUGUUACUGUGACUUUAAGGGUCUCCCCAAACCAGUCGACGCGGAGUCGGCUUUCGCCGAGUGUUUUACACCACACUAUUCGCAUUUAGCCGAUCGACCGUCUCCGCGGUCGGACACCUGCGUUUAGCAGUCUCAUCCUCCUUGCGGCCGUAGAGACGCCCGAUCGCCUGCGACUUGCUAUCGCAACAGUUGUAAAGCGACGGUCGGCUCUCCCGUGCUCCGUCCUGCCGUCGAGACGUCAGACAGCACACGUACAGCCGUUGAGUCCGACGAACAGAUGUAGGACAGCGGGUGAUCGGCAAUCGUAAAUCUCAUUUUUGGAGACUGGUUGUUAGUAACAAACAACCUGAGUUUGAAAUUGAACAGACCUGUAAGAUUAUUUUCCUUGGUAAUUGUUACAUAUUAUAUAAUAACCUGUGAUGAUGGAUAUUUUACGUAGACGGGCAUGGAAAAAAAGGCUUACCAGCAUUUUUACCGUCAUCGGCUCUGUUCGGCCGUCGUCAGCUAUGUUCGGCCGUCGAAGACGCUGAACGGCUUCCGCCAGCUCUGACCGGUCCAUAUCGUAGGUACUCGGCCGUGAUCGGAGCCGUUCAACUCUUUCCGGCACCGUACGGCAGUAUAAGGAGAUUUACGAAUGCGAACGUGUGCGGUAGGCUGCAAACAGCGUCGUACGAAUGCGAACAGCUUUACGGCAAAACGCCGUUUUCCCGUCGAAAGACGUCGUUUCGCGUGGGCCGAGCCGAUUUACGACUUAUUCGCUCUUAUUGCGUUGACAUAAAGCUUUUUCCGUACGCGAUUUGCCGAAACGGCGUCGACUAGUUUGGGGAGACCCUUAGUCAACUGCACAUUUUAAGCCAAUUGAAACAGGGAUCUUUAAAUCAGUAAUGUGUUGAGUGACAUGAUAUUAUCUAGGCAGAAUUGCCCGAUGACAUAAAGGCUACUAGAAACAAUAACUUGUUUGUAACGAAACUGAAAACCUUACUUAGUCUCUGCUGCCUACUAUUCGUUGCACGAUUUCAUAUAAGUAUGUAAUAAAGUAUGCAGGUAAAACAUCCAUACUCGGACUCCAAUACAACUUAAAUAUGCAUGUGUUGUGAUAUACGUAUAAACUAUAAUUUUUUUUAACUAAAUUAUUGUUUUAUAUGUAAUAUAAAUUAUAGUUGUAAUUUGAAUGUUGUGACGUGUAAAAUUAUUAUUUUAAAAAUAAAUAAUUAAAUUAAAUUAAAUUUAGUAAUAAAAAAUGUUUUAAAUAUAAAAUAUUAUUUAUUUGCUGAUAAAAUUGCUGUACAAAACGUUAAAUUACUUUAAAGGUGUUUUAAUUUGUUAUUACUGAAUAAAUGAUAUAGUCUAUUACAUAA